AUGCGUUCCAUUCCGCAGCUGUUGCUGCUGCUGUCGACGGCUCUGGUACUGCUGACGGUGGUCCGUUCCGAGGAGCAACCGAAUCCCGUCACCGAAACUGACGCACCAUCGAACAGCAAUGGCCCGACGGAUGAACCCGACGAGGAAGUACAGAACCGUUUGACCACCGGACUACGCUUGGAGCAUGAGCUAGUGAAAGAACAGGCCGAUGCUCCUUCGACGGUCAAUGGAAGCAGCGAAGGUGGCAUCGUUGCCAUACAUGUCGAUGCCGUUGGCGGGAAGGAGCAGUUGCGUCCAACGCUGCGCGGUCUUUCCUACAUUGCGACUUCAUUCUUGCCGCGCGAGUACCGAUUCGUAGAAAUCCUUACGGCUACGCGUGAAGUGGUGGCAGGUGUACGGUACGAGCUGACCGUAAGCGCCGAAGAUGAAGCCACCGCUGAGAAACGCAUCUGCCAGCUGGUGAUACUCGAGAAGCCCUGGAUCACGACGGAGUAUGGCGAGAAAUAUCGCACGCUGGAAUACACCAACUGCAGCUCGAGUUCCACGCAACCAACGAUGGAAGAGACGGCCACUAGGCUCAAUCCCGCGUUUGAUGCAAAUCUGCGUCUGAAUGAAGAGCUUACCCCUCAACGAGUUGGAGAGAUCGAGCAGCAAAUCGUUGUGGAAAAGGUGGAAAUGUUGGAAAUAACUUCAACACCGGCGACUCCACUAACGAAUGACGGACAGAAACUACCAGUAACAGACAGCACCACUACUGACAGUGAAGGGUUAAGUGAUGCUGCGAAGAGCGCUAUCGAUGAACUAUUUAGUUUUGCCAGCGCUCCAUAUCAAACUGCAAACCGAAAUCGUCCACAGCAAGAGGGCGCCGGCGUUGGUGCAGAGGUGAUCGAAGAAACGAUCGUACCGGUGAGGAGCGUCAAAAAUCGUGCGGAAGCACAGGACACGGUAACGACACCGGCAACGACAACCACGACAAUAGCCCCUUUAGAUCAGCAGGUACAGUCGACGUUCGAUGAGGUGUUCAAAACCCAUCAGGAAAUACAAAAAGCGCUCGAUGAGGUGAUUGUCAAUGGAGGUGGCCGCGAUGUACAGCUCAAGUACCGGCCGGUGUUCGAUUCGUUGCUACAGAAGGUCAAAGCCAGUAUCGACAGCUACUACCGCACAACAAACGGAGGCGAUGCGAACGUUGAUACGGCCGCAUUUGUCGUGCGUGAUAACGCGAACGUUACACCGAACGGUGUUCGAGGUAUGGUACCGACGCGUACCGCUGCCUCCACCAGAAACGAUGAGCAAUCGUCGCAAGAAAGUGACGAAGGACAACAGCGGCAAUCGUUACCGGACGUAAACCUGCAACCUCCCAGGGUUGAUGCGCCCACGGCGGUUACGUUUGGUGCUGACACGGACGAAGAUGAGAACGAUCAACAGAUUCUCACCAAGGAACAGCUCGCGAAGGAAUUAAACAGUGAGGAUAGUCUACAGCGUGUGAAGAAACAUUCGCUAUGGGAGCGGAACGUUCGUAGAAGAAUUCGUGAGGCUGUUGAUGAGGAGGUUGCAACAGAAGAACCCAUUGUAACGACGACUGAACAGGAUGCGAUGGACGUUGUUUCUGAGCACGCUACAGAUGCUUCUACAGCGAGGGACAUUAAAAUCGAGACUACAACCACUGUGCCGUCCGUAAGUUCUACAGCUUCCACGAAUACGGUUGCUGUAAAUGGAACUAAUGCUUCGUCUGCGUCGUCGGAAAGCGAUGAAGCAAGGCCUAAAACUAAAGCUCCCAAGGAUUCAUCAAACGAUUCCGACGAUGACGACAAGGACGUGAAGCUUUCGAAGAAAGAACUUGCUCGGCAACUGAACGCAGACGAAGGGCGUCGUGACAAGCGGGACUUUUCGGGUGGAUUCUCUGGGGGAAGUUUCGGUGGCUUUUCUGGCGGUAGUUUCGGCGGAGGUUCUUACAGCGGCGGCGGAUACUAUGGCGGAGGAUACUACGGAGGGGGAUACUACGGUGGUGGAUAUUAUAACCCUUACCGAAGAAGACAUUACCGUCCGUCACCGUACUAUUAUGGUUAUUAUCGGGGAAAGCGCAGCGCACCGGUAGAAGAUGUGCCCGGCGAGUUGAACGAACAGGAUAGUUUAAAACUGGCAGAACAGAAUGUUAAAUCAGAACUUCACGCACCGAAAAUCGAACGGGUAACGAUGGCAUUCGGCGAUUCGAACGAGGAGGACGAAGUACUGACUAAAGAACAACUUGCCGAGAAAUUGAAUGCCGAUGAUGGACACCGACGGGAUAAGCGCGGGUUAUCAAGCGAAACCAACGAGCAAGAGUCUACCGAGCGUGGAGGAUAUAAUUCACGUUCGUUCUACAACCAUGCGCCAUUCUAUCGCAGAAAGCGUACAGUAAACACGCCCAAUAGCAACGCCAUUGAUCUCGACGAUCUCGCACAAGAGGCAUCGAUGAAAGCGAUCGCCACUGAAGCGAUCCAACGUUUGGAUCAGAUGGAUUCGGAUCCAUAUCAGCGAAUGUUGCUAGAAGUGCUUGACGCUCGGAAAGUGUCGCAGCGAUCCGACAAAACCCGAACAACCUACGUGCUAACUGUGCUAACGGCCAACUCGCGCUGCGCGGAAGAGGAGAGCAAAAUGACGGAGUCAUGCAGGAAGCGGCUGAUACCGGACACCACAAAACAGUGUACCCUGGAGGUACAUGUAUUGAAAGCGAAUUCUCCGGAAGAUUCUCAACAGGUACAAUUAACUAAAUCUAAAUGUCAAAAACAGGUUAACAAUUUAGGUGCCAGACAACUCGUUGGAGGAGCAACGCCGGUGGACCUGUCCGACUCGGAACACAAGGAACGCAUACGUCUGGGGCUGGUUGGCUACGAGAGUGGAAAGCACAGCAACUUCGAGAUACUGUACGGAACAGUCCAGGUCGUGGCGGGUACCAUACAUCGCUACAAGAUCGCUCUGAAGGAUGACGGCCAGCAGGUGUACAGCACGUGCGACGUGAAGGUCUUUACUCCGCUUCCGUCCGACGCGCACGAAAACAAACCCGAGUAUGAUUUCGACUGUCAGGACGAAAACAAGGACGACGAAGUUAGUAAUCGCCGACGCCGUGACGUUGCAACGCCGAAAAAACUCAACAAGGUGCCCAAAACCGGCAGUGCACAGGAGCUCACACCGGAGGAGUAUGCGAAAGCGGAACAUCAAACACGGGUUCGCACCGGUUUACAGCAACAAUCGGCCCUGGUCGAUGGAAGUGGCAAUGAGCGCAAGGUGAAGAUUGUGGGCGCCACAAUGCAGAUAGUGGCCGGUAAAUCGUACACCUACCGAUUGACCUUCCCGGACGAUGAAUCGAAACGUGUCUGCAAACUUAACGUAUGGGAAAAGCCCUGGCUGAAGGAAAAGGCACCACAGGAAGCAUUCAAGGCAUCGUUUGAAUGUCCGGACACUGUGACACGAUCGAAGCGCGAUUCGUACUGCGCGGGUUGUGCCUCUCCAUUGACGGCUGACGAGUACGGUAACAGCGAGCACCAGGAGCGCAUCGAUAAGAUUCUCACAUUUCAUGGUCUUACCCGCGGAAACUCGCUGAAGGUCCUGAAUGGAACUAGCCAGGUUGUUGCCGGUAUGAAGUACGUUUACUACGUCCAACACAACAACGCUGUCUGCAAGCUGACAUCCUGGGAGCGUGUCUGGUUGACCAAAUCGCACCCAAAGGAUGCGUACAAAUACACGUACGAGUGUGAGAAGGAAGUGGCAGCUACGAAGGCACGCACACGGCGCUCCGUAGUCCCCGGUGGUUCACGCUCCCUGUCACAGGAAGAGCUAGCGGCGACCGAGCACGUUGAGCGGGUCGAUAAGAUAUUGGUUUCGAACGGUGGAACGAAAGAAUCGUCUAACGCCCGGAUUGUUAGCGGAACCGUACAAAUAGUGUCGGGAAAGCUGUACAAGUACGCUGUCGAAUUUAAGGCGGAAGGGAGUAGCAAGUUGUGUAAACUAUCGUCCUGGGAACGCCCGUGGCUAGAAGAGAAAGAUCCGACGGAAGCGUACAAGUAUACGGUGUCCUGUCCGGAUGCGAAGGAAGCAGGUACGCGUCAGCGUCGCCACGCGAAAAAAGCUGGCAGUUCCAACGAAUUGACGGUGGAAGAGCUGAAGGAUAAGUCACACAUCGAGCGCAUUAGAGCCGGCAUGGUGUCGUAUAAUUCGGAACGAUCCAAGGCGUACAAUGAGUUUGAAAUAUUGGCCGGAUCGACGCAACAGGUCGCUGGAUCACUGUACAAGUACACCUUCCGCGUAACGAGCGAACCCGACACGGUGUGCAAAAUUUCCAUCUGGGAACGGGUUUGGUUGGAAUCGCAAGAUCAGCGUAAGUACAAUGUGAAAUGUACCGGUGAUGACGACACGGAGCAGCAACCGGAUAUCAAAAGCAAUCCACAGCAAGAAGCCUCCCCGGCUACCACAGCCUUCCCGGCGGUAAAGCGUCGAUCCGUGCGAUCGCUCAAGAUCGACGAUGAUGAACACGUGCGACGACAGUUUAACAAAUUCAAGCAUCAUCAUCGCCGCCAGUACGCAAGCUCGAUGGAGCACGAGAUGCGCUUUAACAUAUUCCGCAACAAUCUGUUCAAGAUCGAUCAGCUGAAUAAGUUCGAACGCGGCACGGCCAAGUAUGGGGUGACCAAGUUUGCGGACAUGACGGUGGCCGAGUAUCGGGCACAUACAGGACUGGUUGUGCCGAAGCAACUGCACACCAAUCACAUCCCCAAUCCCGUUGCCACACAGGAAGAUGUGGCCGAUGUCGGCGAUAUGCCGACAUCGUUCGAUUGGCGCGAUCAAGGCGCUGUGACGGGGGUAAAGGAUCAGGGCAGCUGCGGUUCGUGCUGGGCCUUCAGUGCCAUCGGCAACAUCGAAGGUCUGCAUCAGAUUAAGACGAAAAAACUCGAAUCGUACUCGGAGCAGGAAUUGGUCGAUUGCGACAAGGUGGACAAUGGAUGCGGCGGUGGUUACAUGGAUGAUGCUUUUAAGGCGAUCGAGCAACUGGGUGGUUUGGAACUAGAAGCGGACUACCCGUACGAGGCAAAGGCCCAGAAAACGUGUCACUUCAACAAAACGCUCAGCCAUGUGCAGGUGAAGGGUGCGGUUGAUAUGCCGAAGAACGAAACCUUCAUUGCGCAGUACCUGAUCAAAAAUGGCCCAAUUGCCAUCGGGCUGAAUGCGAACGCGAUGCAGUUUUACCGUGGUGGCAUAUCGCACCCGUGGCAUCCGCUGUGCAGCCACAAAUCGAUCGACCAUGGUGUGCUGAUCGUGGGCUACGGCAUCAAGGAAUACCCCAUGUUCAACAAGACGCUACCGUACUGGAUCAUUAAGAACUCCUGGGGACCGAGAUGGGGCGAACAAGGCUACUAUCGUAUCUAUCGCGGUGACAAUUCCUGUGGCGUCAGCGAAAUGGCCUCAUCGGCCGUUCUAGCAUAA